UAAAAUAAAAUUAGUAGGUCAUAUAAAUGAGACUAAAUGUAUAAAAUAAUGAUAAUAUUCUAGUUCCCGUUGUACUAAUCUGUGCUUCUCAGAGAACUACUGAAUGAUUGCAUAGAGGGAUGUGUACGUUAGAGAAGCGAGGUCGACUGUUCGUACUGACUCUCACCGGCGACGGCGAGCACCGCCUCAGCCCCGCCAUACUCGACGCCAUUGGCUCUGCCGUCCGCCGAGUUCGGGCCGAGUCAUCGUCCUCCAACUCGGUCCUCAUCACCACAUCUGAAGGCAAGUUCUUCUCCAAUGGCUACGAUCUCGAUCUCGGCAAAUCGGAUCCCUCUCUCUUCCCUGUAAUGAGCGCCAAGCUCAGAUCCGUCGUCGCCGACCUCAUCUCCCUCCCGAUACCGACGAUCGCCGCCGUCACCGGCCACGCUUCCGCCGCCGGAUUCAUCCUCGCGAUGAGCCACGACUACAUCCUGAUGCGUCGCGACAGGGGAUUCCUCUACAUGAGCGAGCUCGACAUCGGCCUCAGGAUGCCGGCGUGGUUCAUGGCCCUGAUCCGGACGAGGAUCGGGUCGCCGGCGGCGAGGAGGGACGUGGUGUUGACGGCGAAGAAGUUGACGGCGACGGAGGCGGUGGAGAUGGGGAUCGUGGACUCGGCUCACGGAUCCGCGGCAGAGACGGUGGAAGCCGCCGUCAAAUUGGGCGAGGAAAUGAACCUUGAGGGACACGUGUACGGUCGGAUUAGAGAGAUGGCUAUGCGAGAGGUGCUUGAUGUCAUUGGUUUUGAUGAGACCGUAUCUGAUGUGGUGCGGAACAGUGGAUCAAAACUGUAGAACUAAGUUACACAUUCGCUUCCUCCCAAAUUAUUCGAUUCAAUUUCUCUUAAAACAAACCGAAAUUUCAAAUUUCGAGUGACAUACAUCAAGCUGUUCACCGGUUUUCAUUUCAUUUUCAUUUCGAUAUUCACUAAGUUCUUUUCUUUUU